CUCCCUCCCUCUCUCUCUCUCUCUCUCUUUCUCUCUCUGCCCUAAGCAAUGUCUUCUGUAAGGAGAAAGCUCCGUCCAAAACCUAAUUUCUUAGUCGAUAUCAGCUGCGGUUGCCGGAGGCCGAAACUCUCCGACGUAUACGUCCCAAGACCAAAAUACAAGCCAACCUCGAAUUAUUGGAAAGCCGACGUCUAUCACUGCUCUUCUUCGAGCUCUUGGGAGGGAGGCCGUGGGAAUUCAGCCUACAGUGGAAAUUCAUCGACGACCAUCUUCUCUCCAGUCGGCGAAGAUGGCACUUCCUCACUAUCGUACUCCGACAACGUCUACACACCAACGAAUAGCAAUUCGAACCCAGUGAGGAGUUUCGGGAGGAUCGGUGAGAGCGUGGCAGUGGUCAAAGAUUCCAACGAUCCAUACCUCGAUUUCCAGCAUUCCAUCCUGCAGAUGAUCAUUGAAAAGGAGAUCUACUCCAAGGAAGAUCUCUGCCGGCUUCUCGAGUGCUUCCUGUCGUUGAAUCCGCCGGCUAAUCACGAGAUCAUCGUCCGGGCUUUCACCGAGAUCUGGAACGGGGUGUUCCCGCCGGAGCCACGGCGAAGGUUGGUCCGGAGGCGGUCACGUGACUUGUAGGUGCGGCACGUGGGGAGGUCACGUGAGGUGGUGUGAUCGCACGUGGGGUGUCGAAUUGGGGAGAGAAAUAUGUUCGUUGGGAUUUGAAUGCUGUAAUUGUGUAAGUGCUGUGACAAUGUUUUAAAUGAGUUUUAAAGAGGAGUUGCGUUUUUUCGUGAUUUUCUCUACGGUU